AUGGACAUACCAUUGAUGAUGAUGAAAAAGAGGAAGAUAUGUGAUACUUAUACACCGGGAAAUGUAGUUUCUCCGGUGGCGAGUUCUGAGAAUUAUGAAUCGGACGGGAGUUCAAUGUCUUGUUGUUCAAGGAACGGAUCAAGCAACUCGAAAUCACUAGAUCUGGAUGCCAACGGUGGGGAAGUUGCAGACAAAGAGAAGAAGUCGAUUGAAGAAGAAUCCGAGUCGGAGAAAAUGCCUCCACUAGAAGAAUUCGGUGAAGUAGAAUUGAACGAAAUGCCUCCACUUGAAGAAUUCGGUGAAGUAGAAUUGAACGAAAUAAUUCCGACUACAGAAGAAAUUGAAGAGUUUUUUACAAGAUGCGAACUAAGGACAUGUAAACGCCUUCGAGAAAAACGACUUCGAGAAAAGUACAUAAUCCUCUCUCUCUCUUUUGGUACAACUUCGACUUUGAGAAAGAGGAACCAUUGGAAGGUCGUUUCGAGUGGGUCAAAAUAUGAAAAAUGA